AUGUUCGCCGGUCCCAGCCAGUAUCUCUCCAUCCACCUCCCGAGCCCGACGACGGUCAGCUUCACCGUCUCCACGCGGCAACCUGGUGGGUGGUCUAUAAACAGACCUUCCUCCUCACACUCACACUCACACUCGUCCUUCCGCCGGGUCUUGCCCCCUGUGUUCACCCUCAUCAAUUACGCGCUACGGAUUCUCCUCGUCUUGUACAUUGUCCUCCUCAACCUCGCGAAAGCCCAGAGCGACGUCGCUCAGCCCUCCAGACUCGACGCGUAUACGGACCUAGGGCUCAAGCUCAGCUUGGUGGGCGGGUCCAUCAGGGCCGUUGCCGAGCGCGCAGAAUGGUGGUUUCUGGCGCCUGUGAGCUUGGUGAUCGUCUACGUGUGCCUGAGGAGGGACUAUGUCGAAGAGUCCCUCUUGGUCCUCCAAGGCCUCGGGAUCCAGACGUCCACGUCCUCGCGCUACUUCUUCACCGGCGCAACCACGACAUUCAUCCCUACCACGCAGAUCCAGGAUAUCGUCAUCCACGAAGCCUUCAAAGGUCUUGAAGUCCGCUUCUACUUGGCCGUGAUAGUUGAAGGGGCUACGGAGGUCGUGGUUGUCUUCCCUAGUCUGCUCCCUCGACGGGAAAUUCUCGAGGAGGUCUGGCGAGGAAGUCGGAAAUGCUUGUAUUCCGGCAUUCGCUGA